GGACAAUGCAACAUCAAAGCUUCUUCCUCGGCAUCUCUUUGUUCUUGAUAGGCAUCCUUUCAUCUCGUCAGGACAACACACUAGUUUUUUGCUUAGCAGCCUCUGCUUUCCGCAACUUCGAUCAUGAGCUACCAGCAGCAGCAGGGAAACAUGGCGUACCCUCCGCAGGGCCAGCAGCAGGCCUACGUCGCGCCGCCGCCGCCCGUCGGCUACCCGCAGCAGGGUGACCAGCAGUACCCAGCUGCCGGAGGCGCCGCCGAGACCACCAGCCGUGGCCACCACCAUAACGGCGGCGGAUUCUGGAGAGGAUGCUGCGCGGCGCUCUGCUGCUGCUGCCUCCUCGACGCCUGCUUCUGAUCAAGCUCUGCUCGUCGUGAUUAGUUGAUAUGGAGUUUGGACAUGUUAUGUUGCGUCGAGUCAUCAGUUGUCGAGCAUUCUUUUAUUCUUUCCAUUUCCAUGUGGCCAUGGCGCCAUGCCAUUGGCUCGCUGUUUGUUUCUUUGUAGAGUACUAGUUGGUUUCUGAGCAUACUAUUUUCUGUGUAUAUGGGUAUGUAUGGUGGUCAUCUUAGUGAUGUAAAUCGAUGUAUAUGAGUAUAUAUUAUUAUGCAGCAGUGGAUCUCUUUUGAGCUUU